UCUGAGUAAGUACGAGAACGAACGGUUGAUAACUUCUUGAGUUGAAAGUAACAUGCAUGACCGUAGCCUCGACCUACUGAGUUUUCAUUUCAGUGCAUCGUGCUUACGGCGCGCGUUUUUUGUUAUUAUCAAGAACUGUGCAACAUUAAAUAUGCUACUUUAUUACCUUCAUAUCACAGUCGUAGUUUUCCCCCCCGAACCAGAAUCUCCCAGUAUUAUUAACGGUGAAAAAUGCUUGCCAUACGCGUACUUCCCAUCCCUUUAUCAGCUGUUUCACUGCGCCCUGUCCCGGGGGGUUGACCUCGUCAAACGGCGCAUAACAACUUGUCCAUCACAGCAUACCACCCAGAGUCUAACUCGGGCUCGAGUUCGUUAUGCUGCCGAACGGGAGAGGUGUCAGCAUAAUUCAAUUACAGCGUGACACCCGGGAGACACCCGGCAAACCGUCCUAAUCACUAUCACUGCUUCCGUCUGUUUGCGGAGCAAUCAUGCGUUAAAUUAUUCUAGUCGAUAGCCUCAAAUUAAGACGGGGGUUAAUUGGUUCGCUUGAAUGCCAUUCGCUCUUCCCGCUGGUCGGAACCGAUAACCUCCGCAGCCGGCAAUGCUUAUCACGGAAUCGGUUUCCAAAAGUGGUAAAAAAGCACUGUUGGCCGCCAUAUCCACCGACACUGCACUGCCUCCGAAUAUGUUUGAACAGUUUAACAACACAGCAUUUAAGCACUUGGCUGUUAGCUGCUAUCGGUGCUCAUAUAUUUAUCAGUUCUUAUCUGAAGCGUCGUGCCCCGUUUCGUUUGCCUUGCCUUAUCCUUGAUCAAACUCGGAACGAUAGGAAGUCUAUUUUAAAAGAAGCUACUAGCCAAAGCGGCCACUGGGUAAAUGUUUUCAUCAAACCUUUUUUAAAGCUAGAAAAUAUCCCAUUUAAUGAACGAAUUGGAAACACCAUCCCUUAAGAAGCUCUCUGGCGCGUGCCAGUUGCCACAUGAACGGGCGCGACAAAAGUGGUCAUAGAACGGGGUGAAGUAAGUGGCCGCCAUCAUCGCGUACACCAUCGCUUAAAAAAACAAACACACUUCGCGUAUCGCAAACUGUACACAACACAAACCAUCCGCGGGAAUGCACGCGACCUCCCGCCCGUCACAGCCUACUACUGGCGCCCGACCACGCUUGCCGGAUCCUCGUGUUAUCUACAUGCGGAGCUAAACUACCCCUAGAUCGAUCAGUCGCUACCAUUCCCUCCGUACGAUAGGACGCGCAGUCGGGACCCUUUUGCCUGAGAGCUGUGUUGUGUUUGCGCGCUUUCGAGAGACAGAGAGACCAAUAUUCCGGUUCAAACUCACCCUUCAGCGGUUAUUGAAAACUUGCUGAAACCGGCAUCCUAGUGAAAGUAUUUCCCCCUUUUCCGUAGUACCGAUCCCGUGUGUGUAUCUUUUGUUGUGUUUUGUUAAACAUUAUUCAAUUGAUUCGGCAGAAGCAUGGCUAGCAAAAUGAAGAAAGAGAAAGUUGCGAUCAUUGGAAGCGGUCUUAUAGGACGUUCCUGGGCGAUGCUGUUUGCCGGCGUCGGCUAUCAGGUGACGAUUUACGAUAUCAUCCCCGAGAUCGUGGAGAAAGCGCUGAAGGAAACGAAGCUGGAGCUGGAAAGCGUUGAAAAGCAGGGAACCAUUCGUGGUACGCUGAGCGCGGCCGAACAGUUUGCCUGCAUUCGUGGUACGGACAAUCUGAAGGAUGCCGUGACGGAUGCCAUCUACGUGCAGGAAUGUGUCCCCGAGCGGCUGGACAUUAAGAAGAAGCUGUACGGGGAGUUGGAUGGGUUGGUUGGACCGAACACGAUCCUGGCCAGCUCGACGAGCACGUUUAUGCCGUCGCUGUUCAGCGAAGAUUUGAAGCAUCGGGCACAGGUCCUGGUAGCUCAUCCAGUUAACCCACCGUACUACGUGCCGCUGGUUGAGAUCGUUCCGGCCCCGUGGACCAAACCGGAGUACACCACGAAAGCACGCGAACUGAUGACGGAAAUCGGCCAGAAGCCGGUCACGCUAUCGCGCCAAAUCGAAGGCUUUGCGCUGAAUCGCAUUCAGUACGCGAUCCUGAACGAAACCUGGCGCCUCGUGGCGGACGGUAUACUUAGCGUGAAGGACAUCGAUGUGGUGAUGUCGGAGGGAUUGGGCAUGCGGUACGCUUUCCUCGGUCCGCUCGAAACGGCACACCUGAAUGCGGAAGGCAUGCUUAACUAUUGCGAUCGUUACUGCAACACGAUCUACGCGGUCAGCGAAACGAUGGGCCCGACGCCGCGCAUGGAGGGCAAGGUGGCAGAGCAGGUGGCCAAGGAGAUGGAGGAGAUGGUACCGAUCGAUAAGCUGCCGGAGAGACGGGCGUGGCGCGAUGCCUGCUUGACGAAGCUGGCACAGCUGAAGAAGACAAUUUAAGCUUAAACGAAUGCUUUUAUAAUUUUGACCUUUUCUUAUGCAUAGAAAGUAUGCAGCAAUAAAACAAAUUUUAAUUUAAUCCAA